AUGCCAUCAUUUGGACAAAUAGUGAUUGGCCCACCAGCUACUGGAAAAACUACCUACUGUUGUGCCAUGGCUUCACAUUUGAUCAAGAAAGAGAGAAAGGUAGCAGUGGUGAAUUUAGAUCCAGCUAAUGACAUUUUACCCUACAAACCAGCCAUAGAUAUUGCAGAUCUUAUACAACUCUCAGAUGUGAUGGAAAAUUUAAAACUUGGACCUAAUGGCGCUUUAGUGUAUUGUAUGGAAUAUCUAGAGAAAAACGUUGACUGGUUAUUAGAAGAACUCUCUAAAAUCAAAGAUAGUUAUGUUCUGUUUGAUUUCCCUGGACAAGUGGAACUCUUCACCCAUCAUCAAUCUGUGAAGAAUUUAGUAAAUCUUUUACUAAAAGCUGACUAUAGAUUAACUUGUGUGAAUUUGAUUGAUUCAUUCUGUUGUAAUGAACCUGGGAAAUAUAUAUCUGCAUUGAUAAUAUCAUUAAAUACCAUGUUACAACUAGAACUUCCUCAUAUUAAUAUAUUAUCAAAGUUUGAUUUAUUUAAGAAGUAUAAAACUGUAGUUUAUAAUGAAGAAUUCUAUACUGAUGUAUUAGAUUUGAAUUUUCUAUUGGAUCACUUGCAGGAUGAUCCUGUAUUUAAGAAAUAUAAAAAGUUAAAUCAGAGUUUAAUAGAUGUUAUUGAAGGUUAUGGUUUAGUUUCAUUUCUACCAUUGAAUCUGCAGAAGAAAGAAAGUAUAGAGUCAGUUUCAGCGGCUGUUGAUAAAGCUAAUGGUUUUGUGUUUGAUAAAAUAUUAUCAUAGCAUGGUACAGAAUGUGAUUACAUUCUGUUGAAAACUCAAUUCUGAGAUAACUAUGGUCAGAGAGAAAUAUAGGACUCAAUACAGGUUUUGCCAAUACGAGGGUUUGGUAACAUGACUUUGGUCUAAGUGAAUACUUAAAUGCCAUAUUCGUUGGUCAAUGGGAGGAAUUCAGAAAUUUGAUAAUGUCUACGCAGAGAACAAGAAGUUGUACAGGUAGUGGAUCAUUCCUUUGACUGUGCAGAUGUUUAAAAUAAAUUGUAUUCAAUGUAAAGAUUAUUUAUUUACGAUAAAUCAGUGGUAUAAUGACAACAGUGAACUUGUAUGAGACAAAAAGUUCAUCUUAUAAUAAUUAUAUACACAAUACAAUAAUAAAAACGCCUCUUCAUAUCCAACCAGGUUCACAAUGAUAAUCUGGGAAAGCUUAAUGGCUGUGUGUGUCAGUUGAUAGUCACUGACAUUUCUGUACAAAGCGCCUUAUUGCAUAAGUUACUUGCAGCGGCGCUUGUAGGGGUACAAAGGGUGGUUCAUACUCUCAAUUGUAGCCCAACUUCAUUUCCUAAGAAAUCAAAAUAUGAUUUUAUAGCCCGAAUUAUGUUUCAGAACCCACCAAAUCAAAUCUAUUUUCAGAAAUUCUUCGAUGGAGAACCUUAAUUCGUCUAUGUACUUCCUCGCAGUCGCCAAAUUCUUCAUCUUCACCUCGACAGUUGUCCCCCAUUAUGUCAGUCUGCCCCUCAUAUAUACACCUAGUUUCGGGAGGCUGGUGCCACCAUUGUGCGACUCACAAUUCUGGUUCAUAAACACAAUCCUUUAUCAUUUUCACACAAAGGUUCUAGCUGUCUAUAGCACUUCUUUCUUUCUUAUUGUUAAAAAUCAGAAACAUACUCUUGAACAAUAUCAAGAUCCAUACAAUUUUGAAAACAACCAAUGAAACGUCAGCGUAAAUGUAUAUUACAUGCUAUUUAUGUACACAAUCUAACUUCUUCUAUGAUGAUGUUGAGCAAACAGUACCCCUUGGUACAUGAUACCGUUGAUUUCCAUUGUAAUGACUAAUGAGCUAUCUAUUUCUGAUCGACCAUCAU